AUUUGAUCACACAGGCGAGUCUCUGUUUCUGCAGCGGCCAUCGCUGUUUUGUUUUUGUCGUGACAGGAGUCUUUCACAUCUUAUAUUCUUCCGUUUUUAUGCGUAUAGAUCAUACUUAUUGUGUUGCUUUAUUUAAAAAUGCGUCAUUUUUAACGAUAGUUAUAUAAAAUCAGCUUAACACUAAUUUAUUCCGUAUUUUUAUACGAAGCAAGUCUGGUCAGUACGUUCAUAGAGGUCGGAUGACAGGUGCGAAUUUGGCUUUUACUCUAAAAAGACAAAAUGAGCGACAACGUUCAUCUCAGUUUAGCAAACACGGGUAAAGACGGUCAAACUCCUGCAGCCGGGGACAGCAACACCACCCCGUCCGACCCAGAGAACUUCCCGUACGACGCUGAAGACCCGGGCGACGAGAGCGACGUGCCGGAGGCGAGAGACGGCGCGGCCAGUCCGGAGGAGCUCAACGACGACGAGACGUCCGGGGAGAGCGAGAACGUGCCCAAGACCUGCAUCUAUGACGGCUGCACGGAGACCACGACGCAGGUGGCCAAAGCCAGGAAACCCUGGAUGUGCAAAAAACACCGGAAUAAAAUGUACAAGGACAAGUAUAAGAAAAAGAAAAGCGACCAGGCCAUGUCGUCGGGAAAACUAGAUGAGGGUUCAGAGGAGAGGCCUGUAUCUGUUACUAAGCAACGGCUGGGUAACAUGGGAGACAGACCAGCCAGACCGUCCCUCAUUGAGCAGGUGCUGAACCAAAAAAGACUGUCUCUGUUAAGAAGUCCAGAAGUCAUCAGUUUCCUUCAGCAGCAGCAGCGUUUACUGACCACACAGAAUCGAGCUCAAACACAGCACAACUACUGAAGACCGGAGAGGAUUUAAUGCAGUCACAUUUUCACAGACAUUUUUAAAUGGGCAGUAUUCAAUAUUCAAGUGGGAACCGUGAGCGUUUGUGACCUACAGUCAUCCUUGAUGGUGUGGAGACUAUUAACACUGCAUUUUGAAAACUGAUAUUUGACAAAGAUCUGAUUGAUCUGAAGUACUUCUGUCAUCAUCAAGCUCUUGAGAUCAUGAAUUAGCAGCUAAAUCUAAAUAUCAACAAUCAGUUUGAAUAGCCAUCCUGUUCGACCACAUGUAGUGUCAUUUAGGAUUUUUAAAUUAUUGAUGAAAUGGCAGCUUUUAUCAAAAAAAAAAAUAAAUUUUUUUUUUGCGAUCCGUAAUGAUGUUGAAAGCUACAAUUUAGUUUCACCACAUCUUGACCGUGUAGCUGAAAGUAACAGCGUACACACAGAAUUGUUAAGUCAGCUUUAUUAUUAAGUUGCUAAGAACAAGCAAAUGAAGUUUUAUUGAUCUUGAGAAAAUUUUUCAGCUGUAAAAGCAUUAAUACUUAUGGAUUUUUUGGUCAAAAAAGUAAACAGCCACAAAUAGAAGAAGGUUUUUUGUAUUACAAGGACAGCUAACGCAAAUGAAGAAAACAACAUGAAAUGCUAUAGAAGGUACAUAUUACUCAAAAUAUGACACAAAUAAACCAUUUCCAGAACAA